AUGACAUCGGAUGAGGACCUAAUGGCGAAAGCGGUGGCCGCUUUGCCCCUUGCCUAUUGUCGCUAUAGCAAAUUCCCUGUCGCGGCCGCUCUACUCUGCAAAGAUGGAACGGUUUUUACCGGAGUAAAUGUGGAGAACGCAUCGUACGGUGGAACGAUUUGUGCCGAAAGAAGCGCCUACGUGGCUGCCGUUUCUCAAGGAAAACGAGAAUUCUUGACGAUUGCUAUCGCCACUGAGUUGGAAGCACCAGCUGCACCUUGUGGAAUCUGUAGGCAAUUCAUGAACGAAUUCGGCAACAUCAAGGUUAUCUUGGGGUCUUCAAAAAACUGCAAAACGCUCGUCACAACAAUAAAGGAGCUUCUCCCGCACUCAUUUGGCCCCACAGAUCUGAGCAAUCACGCCACCGAGCUAGCUUACAAU